AUGAUGUUAAAGAUGCUGCUCGGCUGUUCUCUCUUCCUGCUCCUUUUGAGUCUGUGUGAACUCGUGGAGAGCCGAACUCUGCAUCUGGACAGCUGCUCUGUCAAUGUUCACACGCACGAACUGCGCAAAUAUUACUCUGCCAUACGACCAAAUGUGAUAGCAGGAGACAUUGAGAUCGGAGUGAAAUUUCUGGACAAAUCAUUGAUGAAGGAUGUUCAGGAGGGGCAGACAUGUUGUUUCCUGCGUCUCGUGCUGCGUUUCUACGUGGAAAGAGUGUUCAGCAACUACGCCUGCUCUCAGCCACAGCAGCAACGCUCCUCCAGCGCUCUUGCCAACGCUUUUGUCAGCAUCAGGAGAGAUAUACACAAAUGUCACUGCCACUGUGGAGAGGAAACACAGAGAAUAGUUGACUCCCUACAUGCUGAGUUUAUCAAGCUGGACAUAAACCCGGCGGCACAGAAGGCCGUGGGAGAACUGGACACGGUGCUGGAGUGGCUGGAGGGACUCGGCCAGAAAACACACACAUGAUGAGACAGACACUCAGCAAAAUCAAACGCUGCGAUCCUAAAGUGC